UGAGGGGCAGCGAGGGGCGCAGUGCGUAAGAGAAAGAUCACCAGAAAAGUUGCCCUGUGAAGAAUGCCUUCUGCCUCCGUGAAGCCGGAAAAUCAGGGGUCCUCAGACACCCUUGAUCCUUUCCAUAAAGUCAUAAACCUCGUCGAGAAGAAGACCAGGAAUUUGGAGAAGCGAAGGAACAAGCUGGAGCAAUACCGAGUGGACCUACAGGCUGGAAAACAACUCAAUGAUGACCAGCAGCAGGCGGUGGCUAACUAUGACCGUGUGCUGGGAAACCUGGAAGUGGUGCGGGAGCUGAACCAACAAUUUGGGGUCAUCUUGGCCGAGCACAACAAGUUCAUGAAGAAGCAGGCAAAAAGAGAACAGAUUGAGAGGCAGCAGGAAGAAAUUAGCAAAGUGAAGGAGAUUCUUAAAUUCCAGGAAGUCUUGCAGCAGCUGGGACAGGAGGAGGUGCGGUCAGACUUCCUGGCGGGGACCAAUGGUGCGAUACAAGUCUCUGCAGAAGUCCUCGACAGUCUACAGGUAGUGCAGAAGUUGACCACAACCACCAGAACCAAGGGACAGUCUAUAUCAGAACUGCAGGGUGAGUUCAGGAGUGCAGCAGAGCACAUGGUUCUGCUACGAGAGGGAAAGAACAAGGAGGUGGCUGGCAGCACAUACAAGGCUCUUCUUGGUGUGAUGGAGGAAAUUUCAAGUUGCCCGUACCCUGAGAGAAAGCCGGCCGUCCCUGAAGAAGAGGAAGAAGUGGAGGAGGAGGAACAGGAAGCCCACCCAACUACAGAGCCGCAGGAGGAGGUUGUUCCUGAGUACACAAAUGGUUUAGUGGGUGAGGAGGAGGAAGAGGUCACUGGUGCUACUGAGCUAGUGAUCACCAGUCCUGUCACAGAGGGUCCUCCCCCUGGCCUGGCUCCCCCACCAGCAGGACCGCUGCUCUCACCAGCCCUGCCACAAGAGCCUGCUGGAGUCACACAAGCACAGGAAGCCUUGGCUGCAGCCAUGGCUCAGAUGAGCUCAUCUGGGGUACCUGGUGCCUCUCAGGUUGCUGCAGCAGCAGCUGUAGCGGCAGCAGGUAUGCCCCCUGCCCCAUCAUACUUCACACAGGCACCACCACCACCUGUGCCUCAGACACAGCCUCCCCAGCAGACCCCAGCACAGCCACCUCAGCAACCACAGGCACCUCAGCAGCCACCACAGCAACCUCCUCAACCACAGCCACAACCACCCCAACAAACUCCACUGCAGCCUCCACCCCCACCACAGCUGCAGCCAAUCUCUUUGAAUGAUCUCGUUGCACCAGGAAGUUUUGACUUCCUACAGGAAAGUCAGGUGGCACAAGAGCCACCCACCGUAUACAUGGAUCCAGCAGUAGUAUCCAUUGGUAGCAUCAAGACCGAAUCGGUCACUCAAAGAUCUGUUUCACCUGUUCCACAGCCACCACAGCAGGUGUCCCCACUGGUUCCUCCUAGUCAGGACCCAACACAUCCAUCCAACAUUCCCACACAGACAUUCACCAACCAAACUUACAAUGUAGCCUCCUACUCCCAGGGCAUGCCGGUUUACCCCAGCAGCACUGUGGUUGAUAGCACACCCAACCCUCCACCCCCAAUCCCCCUGCCACCGCAGGCUCGGCCGCAGGACAAAGUAGAAUUCAAUCCUGAAGCAAGUCCCUGGACUGGCCAGCAAGUACCUCCUCCACAGCCCUCAGCACCCCUGAGCAGUGUGCAACAGCCGCCACCCUCUCAGCCCCAACAACAGCAGGCUCAGGAUGAUGACUGGGGUGCCCAAGAGGUUCCCAUGAAUGGGGGUGAAGAUAAGUGGGGCACUGUUGAGGGCACUAAUUGGGGUGAUUAUGAGGAAGUGCAGGGAGGAGGGGGUGGUCCUCACAAUGGCCACGGUGACUAUGAAAGAAGAGGAGGCUUCCGCAGCAGAGGCAGAGGCUUUGGGCGUGGCAAUUUCCGUGGGGGUCGUGGCAACUUCCAGAAUGGCCGUGGAGGCUAUGGUGGUUAUGGGGGUUUCCGUGGGGGCCGCGGUGGAAUGGGAGGCGGUCCACGAGGGGGCCGAGGGGGCUUCAGAGGUCAGGGCAUGAGGGGUAACUUUCGUGGCCGAGGUGGCCCAGGUGGUGGCGGUGGGUACCAAGGUCCCCGACAGGGAUACCAGCAGCAGCAAUAGAACAAAUCGACUAAUCUGCUGAGUGUGGUAACUGUGUACCGCAGUGCAGUGUUGUGGCAGUGACUUGACUGUGCUACUAGCCGCUUCACCCUGGUUAUGUCGGCACUUGAACGGAGAGACAGUACAUAGGGCAUUCUUGACGGGACAAUGUGUGUGAUAACCAUAAAAGUGAAAAAUAUGCCAAAAAAGAGGAGGAAAAUAUAAAACUUGGAGUUCUUAUGAACUCUGAAAAAAAAAAGAUAAUAAUAACUUUCAACUAUUCCAUGACUUGUCAAAGUUAUAGAUUUUUUUUUCCAUAAUUUUUAUGGAAGCAUCAUAAGUGGUGUGUGUGGGGGGAGGGGUGGAGGGUGCAGGUAUGCUCCCCCCUCCUCCAAGGACCACCACUCUUACACUAUUAAGCUGUCAACGCUUCCAAUACAUUAUCCAUUACAGCA